CAAGGUCUGUAAUGCUGCGCCAUCUUGGCCGUCAUUCAAAAACCCGCAACUGUAUACAAAUUACUCAAUUACCCGCCUCUCAAACAGGAUCAGAUACUGCCAGCACGCUAGCGCCGCUUGGGGCACAUUUCAUACAACCGUCGCUCAGCCGCGUGUUAGUCCAGUGGGACGGCUUUAAUAUACCUAAAAGCCUAGCCAUCUUUCUCCUAGCAGGAUAGGUAGCACACGCCCCCUUCUCAACUCAUUGCCAAGCAAAGUCCCAUCACCGAUAUUCAGUGCAAUGCCGUCCAAGCGAUAUGGGACCACCCACGUAUUUAUGUCAAUGCAGACCCGACAGACAUCCUUGUCCCUGAUUCCCCAUGUUUCUCAACAGGAAUACUAACACACUUCUCUAAUGAUCUUAUCUGAUCCAAAUAUUUAACAAUAAUUUCCAACAUUACGCAUGGCCAUCAUGUUACUCACCAUACUUCCCCUAACCCUCCUAAUCUCCCUUACCACCGCACGCACCUGCUACCACCCCGACAAAUCCAUUGCCACUUCCAAUGUCCCCUGCACCUCCGACUCGACCACCUUCUGCUGCGACUCCGGCGCCAUCUGCAUGACCAAUGGCUAUUGCAUCGGCGUCGGCAGCCAACCUUAUCUGUUGUUUCGGGGAGCCUGCACGGACCAAGACUGGGGUGAUAAUUGUCCUUCGCAUUGCGCAAACAAGAACCCCACUGGCGGCGCCCCCAUCAUCGGCAUCGGCUCCGACAGCUCCGGAAACUCCAAAUACUGCUGCGGAUUUCAAGUCAAGAACAACGGGUCAUCGGAGUGUGUGGACGGUGAUACAGCAUUUACGCUGGAUGACGGGGAGAUGAUACUGGGGAAGGCAGCGCUAGAGAAUGUCACCAGUAGCAGUAGCAGUUCAGCUACCUCGACUUCUACGGGGACAAUGUCCACAGCCACAGUGGUGGAAACGAUGUGUUCUGCAUCAGACAACGGAUCGCAUUGUGGGACUUCGAAUGCGACGGCAGUGGGGGCCGGCGUGGGUGUGCCCUUGGGUGUGCUGGCCGUUUCAGCGGCGAUUUGGGCGUUGUGGGAACGGGGGCGUCGGAGGACAGCAGUUGCGGCAGCGGUGGCUGCUGGUGUCAGUGGAAGUGGAGGGUAUGUGAUGGAGCACCAGGUAGGAGCAGGAGGCAUGCAGCAGAAUGGGCAUGGGUGGUUUUCAGGGAGGAUGGAGAAGACGCCGUUGGCGGAGUUGGGGCAUGGGAAUAGAGGGGAGGUGCAGGAGAUGAUGGGGAGUGGGGGAUAUCGUCAUUCUUGA